AUGCAGCACAUCUAUUCACAAUUGUUGGAACGACUAAAGGUCUACCUCCGUGGCCAAGGGGAUGUAAAUGACGUUCUCUUUGGGCCAGACAAUGGCUCUGGAUUGUUCGACCAAGUAGAAAGAGACGCAACCCAGACAGGAAUGAGUGAAAAGCAAUCUUGUUCAACCUUCCUCACAGAGAGGAUUGUGGAGGAAUACGCACGCAUGGCGGGACACAAGACAAUCGUUCGAGCAAGAGAGGUUCUCUCAUUCCUUAUGGGCCCCGAAGUGCAAAAAAUACUUGGCUUCAAGCCCGUGCCCCUGUCAAUGCUCAAUGACAUAAUCGCAGGGUCAGCAGACGGUGAGGCUGCCUUCCCGCGUUCCAUCAUCCCGAUUUCUGACAUUAUACCAGAUGAUUACACCAAACCGGAAGAUUGUCCGGCAUUUUUCUGGAACCUGAACGAGUUUGUGAUUCCUCUCUGGUCAUCUAAAUACGACCCAGCUCUCGACGACGAAGAAAUGGGCAGAUAUUGCACGAGCCACUACACUCUUACGUUAGCCCUGGAAGCAUUUAAGAAACAGCCAUACGAGUACAAUGUGUGUCAUACAGUCUUUUCCGUCAUUCGUUCAUGGCUUUCACAUCACGAAGCCCCGCGAAAGUAUGAUGUUGUUGACUGGAGGGAUGGUAUGCAGCAGCUCCAAAGCAAGGCAGAGGAGUUACUUCAGCGGGAGGACCCGUUGGAAGUACAUGUGGCCCUGACCGUUCUGAAAGCACUGGUGCCCAAAUAUAAAAAUCACGCUGGGGAUUCUCCUCCAAUGCUUCCCCAGGUUCUCCCAGUGCUCCGGUCUCGGGAAGAAAUGUGGUAUCUACUCUUCCCUUUGCAGAAUCAAGAUCCUCCGGUCGUUGGACCUGAAGAGGAUGGGCAGUCUAUGCCCUCGACACCCAGCUCUUUGAGGCAUUUGGUUCCUGAAAUGAAGGAUAGUGCGGACUCGGCAGUGUCGAUAAAGGAGUCUCAAGACGAGGAUAUGGACCUUGAUACGCCUGGGUCCCCUAAUGAUGCACCUAUGUCCCCUAAUGAUGCGCCUGGGUCUUCUAAUGAUGCACCUGGGUCCCUUAAUGAUGCGCCUGCAUUGCCUCGGUUGUAUCGGUCGCCACCAUCGGACAGGCCAGAAGUACUCAUAGGAUCCUGUGGAAUCUUGUUACCGUCACAGACAAAAGGUGCACUGCGCAAACUGCAACCGGAUCUUCCCAGUCACACCAUUCGCCAAUGUCGACCGAGAUGGAAAGCCGUUGUGUUCCACGUGUGGGGUUCUGUCUAG